AUGGGAUGUGAUGAAAUUUCAGACCGUAGUUCCCCCCCAGAGGUGUUCAGAUAUCAGGUUGUAUUGUCUCUUAUGUUGUCCAGUCAAACAAAGGAUCAAGUAACUUCUGCCGCUAUGGCCAGACUUAGGGCACAUGGUUGUACUAUAGAGAACAUCUUAAAUACCUCUGACAAGAAACUAGGGGAGCUGAUCUAUCCAGUUGGAUUUUGGCAAAGAAAAGUGAUUUACAUCAAAAAUACUACUAAAAUUUUAAAGGAGAAAUAUGGGUGUGACAUUCCAGACUCACUUGAAAAUCUGCUGAAGCUGCCUGGCAUUGGUCCCAAAAUGGCCCACCUGAUUAUGAAAUGUGCAUGGAAUCAACUGACUGGUAUUGGAGUGGACACUCAUGUCCAUCGCAUUUCCAAUCGGCUUGGAUGGGUCCCCAAGCCCACAAAGGAACCUGAACAAACCCGAAAAGCAUUAGAAGAUUGGUUGCCCAGAGAAAUAUGGAGUGAAGUGAAUCACUUGCUAGUUGGAUUUGGUCAGCAGAUAUGUCGCCCAGUAAAUCCCCUCUGCCAGAGUUGUCUUAAUAAGGACAUCUGCCCAACUGGACUUAAGAACAACAAAGCCUCAAAAAAUGUCAAAUCACCCAAAAAAUUAAUCAAACAAGAAACUUGA